AUGUCAAGUUAUUCACUUAUGACCGUCAAUAUGAACGGGAAGACAGGCGUAACUGAAAGAAAAGCGCUGUUGUCGAAAAUAAUAAGAAGUGAAGGGUCGUCUUUGGUUUUCUGUCAAGAACUUCCAGGCUUUUUCCAAAGAGACGUGGUCUCUGAUAAAUAUGAUUUCGUUAAAACUGAGAAUCAAGCGGCUGUAAUGUGGAGUAAACAAGAUUUUGAUGGCCGGCCCGUGGAUGCCGGGUUCAAAAGAAAAAUCUUUGACACAACACCGGACACAUUGAAGGAAAUUGAUGCCAACACCUCAAGCGAGAUAUCUGUGCGAACUGCAGUCGUCAAGUUAACGGCUAAAGGAAAAGAAGCUAACUUUUCGCAGCCCCCUUUUUUAGCAGUCUCGUGGCACGGACCUCACUCAGGAAAGAGAAAAUGGGCACUGAAGGAUAAACAAAAAGCUUUGAAAGGCCUCAUUCUCUUUUUGUACGAGGUAUGCCGUAAGAUAAAGGAUGUAUCCUUAAUUAUCAUAGGAGGAGACUUCAACUUGAAAACUUUAGAAAAGAAUGGCUUAGAAGAAUUGAACGUACACUUUCAAAGUUACGAGUUGAGCGAUCGGGCCACUGUGCGCAAAGAUCGUAAAAAUUACAUCUCCUACAAGGAUAAUUUUGCCAUUACAACUACUUCGUCUUCUGGGGCUCACUCUCUUGAAGACAUGAAAUUGUCGGAAGUGAAGCCCCUUUUACGGUUUGAGUAUGUGAAAGAAGGCGAAGGUGAGAAUGGAGAAGAUAUCGAUAUAUUGGACCACGACCCCAUCAUAGGCGUUCUUCAGCUUGGGAAAACUCCGUCAACUGGUAAGUUUUGGCCUAAAACUAAUUGUUACAUUUUCUGUGCUCCUUGAGAUUUUCAUUUGCUUCGUAGAAAGUAGAGAAGUACAACACUUCUCCAUUGGUACCAAUGGUACGAUUGGUACCAAUGGAAAAGCACCCUAUUCCAGUGGUUCUAUUGGUGAAUAUGCAUCCUAUUAAGGAGACUUAGAUUGUUUCCUCAUGUGAUCUAGCUGGGUACAGGGCAAUUCCAAUGGUCCAUUGGUACCAAUGGUACGAUUGGUACCAAUGGAAAAGCACCCUAUUCCAGUGGUUCUGUUGGUGAAUAUGCAUCUCAUUAAGGAGACUUAGAUUAUUUUCUCAUGUGGUCUAGCUGGCUACAGGGUAAUUCCAAUGGUCCAUUGGUACCAAUGGUACGAUUGGUACCAAUAGAAAAGCACCCUAUUCCAAUGGUUCUGUUGGUGAAUAUGCAUCUCAUUAAGAGAGUUAGAUUAUUUUCUCAUGCUGGGUACAGGGCAAUUCCAAUGGUCCAUUGGUACCAAUGGUACGAUUGGUACCAAUAGAAAAGCACCAUAUUCCAAUAGUUGUAUUGGUGAAUAUCCAUCUCAUUAAGGGGACUUAGAUUAUUUUCUCAUGUGGUCUGGCUGGGUACAGGGCAAUUCCAAUGGUCCAUUGGUACCAAUGGUACGAUUGGUACCAAUAGAAAAGCACCCUAUUCCAAUGGUUCUAUUGGUGAAUAUGCAUCUCAUUACGAGAGUUAUAUUAUUUUCUCAUGUGGUCUAGCUGGGUACAGGGCAAUUCCAAUGGUCCAUUGGUACCAAUGGUACGAUUGGUACCAAUGGAAAAGCACCCUAUUCCAGUGGUUCUGUUGGUGAAUAUGCAUCUCAUUAAGGAGACAGAUUAUUUUCUCAUGUGGUCUAGCUGGGUACAGGGCAAUUCCAAUGGUCCAUUGGUACCAAUGGUACGAUUGGUACCAAUAGAAAAGCACCCUAUUCCAAUGGUUCUAUUGGUGAAUAUGCAUCUCAUUAAGAGAGUUAGAUUAUUUUCUCAUGUGGUCUAGCUGGGUACAGGGCAAUUCCAAUGGUCCAUUGGUACCAAUGGUACGAUUGGUACCAAUAGAAAAGCACCAUAUUCCAAUGGUUCUAUUGGUGAAUAUGCAUCUUAUUAAGGAGACUUAGAUUGUUUCCUCAUGUGGUCUAGCUGGCUACAGGGUAAUUCCAAUGGUCCAUUGGUACCAAUGGUACGAUUGGUACCAAUGGAAAAGCACCCAAUUCCAAUGGUUCUAUUGGUGAAUAUGCAUCUCAUUAAGGAGACUUAGAUUAUUUUCUCAUGUGGUCUAGCUGGGUACAGCGCAAUUCCAAUGGUCCAUUGGUACCAAUGGCACGAUUGGUACCAAUGGAAAAGCACCCUAUUCCAGUGGUUCUGUUGGUGAAUAUGCAUCUCAUUAAGGAGACUUAGAUUAUUUUCUCAUGUGGUCUAGCUGGGUACAGGGCAAUUCCAAUGGUCCAUUGGUACCAAUGCUACGAUUGGUACCAAUAGAAAAGCACCAUAUUCCAAUAGUUCUAUUGGUGAAUAUUCAUCUCAUUAAGGGGACUUAGAUUAUUUUCUCAUGUGGUCUGGCUGGAUACAGCGCAAUUCCAAUGGUCCAUUGGUACCAAUGGUACGAUUGGUACCAAUGGAAAAGCACCCUAGUCCAAUGGUUCUAUUGGUGAAUAUGCAUCUCAUUAAGCGGACUUAGAUUAUUUUCUCAUGUGGUCUAGCUGGGUACAGGGCAAUUCCAAUGGUCCAUGGUACCAAUGGUACGAUUGGUACCAAUGGAAAAGCACCCUAUUCCAGUGGUUCUAUUGGUGAAUAUGCAUCUCAUUAAGGAGACUUAGAUUAUUUUCUCAUGUGGUCUAGCUGGGUACAGGGCAAUUCCAAUGGUCCAUUGGUACCAAUGCUACGAUUGGUACCAAUAGAAAAGCACCAUAUUCCAAUAGUUCUAUUGGUGAAUAUUCAUCUCAUUAAGGGGACUUAGAUUAUUUUCUCAUGUGGUCUGGCUGGGUACAGCGCAAUUCCAAUGGUCCAUUGGUACCAAUGGUACGAUUGGUACCAAUGGAAAAGCACCCUACUCCAAUGGUUCUAUUGGUGAAUAUGCAUCUCAUUAAGCGGACUUAGAUUAUUUUCUCAUGUGGUCUAGCUGGGUACAGGGCAAUUCCAAUGGUCCAUUGGUACCAAUGGUACGAUUGGUACCAAAAGAAAAGCACCCUAUUCCAAUGGUUCUAUUGGUGAAUUUGCUUCUCAUUAACGGGACUUAGAUUAUUUUCUCAUGUGGUCUAGCUGGGUACAGCGCAAUUCCAAUGGUCCAUUGGUACCAAUGGUACGAUUGGUACCAAUAGAAAAGCACCAUAUUCCAAUAGUUCUGUUGGUGAAUAUGCAUCUCAUUAAGGGGACUUAGAUUAUUUUCUCAUGUGGUCUGGCUGGGUACAGGGCAAUUCCAAUGGUCCAUUGGUACCAAUGGUACGAUUGGUACCAAUGGAAAAGCACCCUAUUCCAAUGGUUCUAUUGGUGAAUACGCAUCUCAUUAAGGAUACUUAGAUUAUUUUCUCAUGUGGUCUAGCUGGGUACAGGGCAAUUCCAAUGGUCCUUUCGGGAUUGUCGCGUGCACUUUUCCCGACAACCAUUCUCGAAAUAGCUGUAUAAAACGGCUCUCUUAGGAGCCACCACGUACAAUACAAAGUCAUAACCAACAGCAUGAUAUAACCACCCUUUUCGGAAACUCUUCAUUGAAAACUUGUUUUGGUUUAAACGCUUCCAUGUAGAUAAUGAAAUUGCGCUAAGAAAUUUCAGAAGUUAAUUUCACAGUGAGUUGAGUACAGUUGUUAAAACCUGUUGCCUCAAUACCACUUUGCUAGUUUCGCGCCUUUCCGCGUUGUUUCGGGUUCUUUUUAAAAAUAGUACUUGCGUACAGGAAAGAACACAUUCAUAUGUCAUGUUGUUGUUUGCUCGUGAAUCACAAUAAACAGAACGAACCUUGAGAUAUUAUUAGCGCUAGAUAUAUAGGUCGCCCUCGCUUUGUAACUAUUAGUGCGUUUCUACUUUGUGUGAAAGCGAACUUGUUUUGCGUGGUUAGCCAAUAGAACGAGGAAUAUUCAUAAGAAUUAUGGCGCGUUUUUAAUUGGUGUAACAGCGAACUUGUUUUGCGUGGUUGGCUUAUAGAACGAGGAAUAUUCAUAAUAAUUAUUAGCGCGUUUUUACUUGGUGUAAAAGCGAACUCGUUUUAACUUGUUUUGUGUGGCUGGCUUAUAGAACGAGGAAUAUUCAUAAGAAUUAUAGCACGCUUUUACUUGGUGUAAAAGCGAACUUGUUUUGCGUGGUUGGCUUAUAGAACGAGGAAUAUUCAUAAUAAUUAUUAGCGCGUUUUUACUUGGUGUAAAAGCGAACUUGUUUUGCAUGGUUGGCUUAUAGAACGAGGAAUAUUCAUAAUAAUUAUUAGCGCGUUUUUACUUGGUGUAAAAGCGAACUCGUUUUGCGUGGUUGGCUUAUAGAAUGAGGAAUAUUCAUAAUAAUUAUUAGCGCGUUUUUACUUGGUGUAAAAGCGAACUUGUUUUGCAUGGUUGGCUGAUAGAACGAGAAAUAUAGCGCGCUUUUACUUGGUGUAAAAGCGAACUUGUUUUGCGUGAUUGGGAUAUAGAACGAGGAAUAUUCAUAAGAAUUAUAGCGCGCUUUUACUUGAUGUAAAAGCGAACUUGUUUUGCGUGGUUUUCUUAUAGAACGAGGAACGUUCAUAAUAAUUAUUAGCGUGUGUUCACUUGGUGUAAAAGUGAACUUGUUUUGCACCAAUAGAACCAUUGGAAUGGCAUCAUUUUCCAUUGGUACCAAUCGCACCAUUGGUACCAAUGGACCAUCGGAAUUGCCCUGUACCCAGCCAGGUCACAUGGGAAAAUAAUCUAAGUCCUCUUAAUGAGAUGCAUAUUCACCAAUAGAACCAUUGGAAUAGGGUGCUUUUCCAUUGGUACCAAUCGUACCAUUGGUACCAAUUGACCAUUGGAAUUGCCCUGUACCCAACCAGGUCACAUGGGAAAAUAAUCGAAGUCUCCUUAAUUAGAUGCAUAUGCACCAACAGAACCAUUGGAAUAGGGUGCUUUUCUAUUGGUACCAAUUGUACCAUUGGUACCAAUGGACCAUCAGUUUGACGAAUCGUAUCCGUUUGUGCAUAUUGGACAUGUGUGAGUCAGACGGCACAUCCCCACCACAAAUUGCCAGGAAUGCCCCCCUCCCUCCACACAGGAAAAAAGAUCGAAGGUAUGAACAGGGCUGCACAGGCAGCCCAGUUAAAAAGCCGCGCAUGCGUAUUUGGACAACUUAGGCACGUGGAAACAUGGCGGACGCUGGUGAGUGCGUUGAUCACUUUGAUUUUCUGUAAUUUGGUGCAACAAAGAAAGGCUUCUUGCUCACACAUUUAAGGCCGUUUUGUUUAUUGAAUUAUUUUCUUGCAGAAGCUGUGCCGCGCAAGAAGCACAAAAAAGACAAGCGUAAAUCUGAAGAGGACAUAGGUAAUGUCUGCAUGUGCAGCGCGCUUACAAAACAAUCUGGAUACAAUAGGCUGUGAAAUGAGUUGUUUUGUAGUGUUACUCGUCCUUUGGAAGAAGCUAGUCAUACUUAACGCAUUUCUACUGACGAUCGUUUCGUAUCGAUCGUACAGGUUCUUCAAAGAAAGAAAAGAAGGUCAUUAGCGAGGCGGUUGAUGUCGACUCUUCGAACCAUGUGGGGGUGAGUUGGUCUGCCACUUCCCUCGCACAUAACCUUAAUUUGCGGAUAUAUUCUCUGCUAAUUAUCUUAAAGUAGCUGCUCAGUUGUAUCGCUAAACUGGCGUUGCACAUCAUUAUAAUUAGUAGAUUAGUAGAUAUAAAAUUAACUAAUUGUUCACUGCUUGUUGGAUUUUGGUUACAUCAAUUGUUUCUCGACAAAUAAAACGGGAUUAUUCUGCGAUCUUGGUCUACAACGUUAUGACGAGGCGGUCGUGUUGGAGGUCAAUGAAUGUUAUUUUGCAGAAUUUUCUUGAAAAAAGGACUUAAGUUCCCUGCAAGGGAUCGUUUUUGUUCUUAUCAUCCAACAUGGUGAACUUGUAAUCAGUUGCAAACCAGCAGUAACUGUUAUGGUUGUGUAAAGUGCAUAGUAUGAUCUUGAGCACUGCUCAUGAACACACCAGGCAAUAAGUUACAGCUACACAUCACAAACCAAUUCAUGUGUACUGAAGAAUUUUUGUGAAAGCUUUGUGUCUACAACAGAAUUUUGUUGUCACCCCCCUAACGUCACAACAUGUUACACAAAAUCAAAUCAGACUUAAUUUGUGCAACUUGUUGCAGCUACAAAAUUCUGUUGCUAAGACAAAGAUUCCCACUAAAAUUCUCCAGAAAACACGAAGGGAUUUGUCACUAUAACAUGUGGUGCAACUUGUUUCAGUGAUUUUUCGCCUAACUUGCACACACAGAGUGAUUUCACGGAUUUGUCAUGGCAACGUGUUGCACCUCAGAGUAUUAGGCCCUGUUUGUACAAUGGACGAUUCUGUUUGUUCUGUGAAAGAAAUCAGUCAAUGGGAAGCAAUUUCUUGUGCAAGAAAUAUUUUUCACCUACCUUAACUUUCUCAACUGUUGCCAGACUUCAAAGAUACCAUCCAUUAGCUUUGGAAACCUACAAUGUUUUGUCAGGUGACAAAAUCUUUUGUCCCUUGACAGGUAUCCUGCGUCAGGUCAUCUUAUAUAAUGAGCAUCUCUGGUCACAGGUGCAAGCAUGGUUCCAAACGUGAACUAACAAUUACAAAAUUUUCAAAUUUUUUGCAGAUGCCAAACUCAUUUUUUUUUUUGUCACAGUGCAAACAGGGCCUAAUUUUAGAGGCAUUAGUCCCAGCAUAGUUAUAGCCUGUGAACAGGCUCUCUGUUUGGGGAAAAAAAUUGCGAGGAAAGGGAAGAGAAAAGGGGGGAGAGAGAAUGUAGAUAAACAUUUGAGGCCACUAUUCUGCCGUCUUGUAAUUAUCCUGUCGAUCAUCUGUCAGUAAGAUAGUUAUCAGUCAAUCAAUUUUGCGCGUGAGUAACUCUUGGGAAAAUUGAUGGGAAAUGAGCUGUGUUUUGCUACGUCUGAAAACAGAGUGAAAUGGAGUGCGAGCCUCAUUGUCGAUUUAGCAAAAAGUCGUUCAUUAUUGGAGCGCGUACUUCCUCCCUUGGUAAUAGCUUUUAAAUUAGCUUAACAGUCUUUGGUCUAUUUUGUUAUUGCCACUUUGUGAUCAAAUCGUACACUAUGUGCCGACCGAAAAGCCGAUGUCGAUCAGACCUGUCAACAGUCUGUGUUCUGGCCAACAGGAGCUUGCAUCAGGAUCUGAUGCACAGCGGGUGCCGUGGAACGGUGGUCCCAAUUGUUUGUCUACAGGCCUUUUCACUUUUGCCUCUCCUCAGUUCCCUGCUCGACCAAAAGGGCUAGCAUAGUUAAUGAACAUCGUGACAAUGAACAAAUUUAGUUUGUUAAAUCAAUGCAGUUGUCUUAAAGGGAGUGUAAAUGAAAACACAGAAGCAUUAUAGUAGAGCCCUGUGGCCCCUGACACCUAACUUUCACUCUCAGGAGACUAGGAUAUAUUAGUUUUUUCAUACAAAUCAUAAUAUUAUGCUGGGCACCCUAUGUUUUGCAGUUUCAGAGCACUGGGUUCUCUUCAAUAUUUUCCUUAGAGCACAGCUUUGGUUAUAGGUGCAAGUUUGAACAUUACAAUGCAAUGUAACUGUCAGCCUUGAAAACUAUGGGUGCUUUCCAAAAGUCAGAACUGGCCUGCCAGACCAUGGCGGGGCAAGUCAUUUUGACAAAGAAAUAAGCUUUUUCCAAGAGUUUUUGCUGAAAAACAUCUCCUUCGUACAAACUAUUAGGAUUUGACUGUUCUUAGUAGAUAUUUUUUAUUAAAAGUGAAAUUCCCAAUACAACAGUAAUGGUCUGGCCACUCAGUUCUGACAAAUGGAAAGUGCCUGAGGAUAAAAACAUAAUAUUUUGUGUCACAUUACUCACAGGAGACCCAGCAUGAAGAAGAUUUUCAUUUAAAGCCGACAUCCAAGAGUGAAGUGUUGGACACAUCAAAGUGGCCUCUUUUGUUAAAGGUGAACCAUCGUCACAUCAUUGGUGUUCAAUAUUGUUACUUUAUCUGCAUAAUGUACUUUCAGGAACUCAGUUUUGAAUGUUAUUGCUGAAAAAAUAUCCCCCCGAAUAGGUCAUAAUGAUAAAGCAUAGAAAUUCAAGUGUACUAUAUCAUUGUCAAAAAAUAAAGCACCCUUUUGAAGUGAAAAGUUGUCUGAAUAUAAGUUUUUAGCUGCUCUAAUACUUUGUGAAUUUAAAUCUCAGAAGGAUCCUUAAUAAUUAUUCUCUAGUUUGAAUUUUGAUCACGUUAUGUGAAAACUGGCAAAUUACUGCAAUAAUAUCAACUACACCAUACUGUGGGGUUGGGGUUCUUGUUUUGAAAAACAAAGAUUUCCUAAGACAGCAUUUUACUGUUUGCUUAAAAAAUUAAACAAGACUUAACUGGAAGUUAAAGCUUGAUAUUAAUAAUAUCACUACACCGAUUCAUGGAGUCAGAAGGGGAUUCAUUCACAUUCUUGCUCUUGUGAUCCCUGAACACGGUAAUGGUGAUGUAGAAUUCUAACCGAACUUGGUCAUUGCUCAAAGUUCUCAAACAUACUGUUGGUUGCAUCUAAGCCUGAACAUGUGAGGAAUAAACUGUGAAUUCUAAUUGGAUGCAAACAUGACAUGUUUUGCCGCGAAGCAUUCAGAGUUAAGAACAGGCAGCUGUUGUUGACUUGAUUUGUUUUCGCUCAACAAAAUACUCUUUGCAAAAAUUUUGAGACGUUAAGAAUAAUUUCUGGAAGCAAGUUUGCUUUUUUUGAUCAAGAAAUGUGCCUGAAAUAUGAGUAGAAGGCACUGAUCAAAAGCAUAUAAACAACUUGCCUUUGGCAUGACAGUUUGCUUUAAUGGCUGUCAAACUUCAAAUGUUUGGCGGCACCCUGUUAGAACAUGUUUUCUUGUCUCGUGUCCACGCUGAGAUGCAACUGGUGGUAAACUUGUUUUGGGAUUUUGAACGUUUAUAGUAAUGCUCUGAAAUAAUGAAAAUUUUACAUUGCUUUGUUUUUGUUGACAGAACUAUGACAAGCUGAAUGUCAGAACUGGUCACUUUACACCUCUUCCAAAUGGAUGUUCGCCUUUGAAAAGGGAUCUGAAAGAUUAUAUUUCGUGAGUUGAUAAGUCAUUAUGAUGGGAUGAUAGUUAAACAACCAUUUUGAUUAUUUUAAAGAUGAACAAAUACUAGGCCAGAUGACCCACUGCUGUUGCAUUUUAUGUGUGGGGAUCAUUCUAUAAUUUUCAGUGUUCUCCUUAUCAGGCGGUAACGGGUAAAAUUUGCUGCCUGAAGUAACACUUCUUACUGCCUGCAACCACUUGAAGGUUUACUAAAAUUAAAUAAAAAGUGUAAAUAAAUCUUAUCCAAUUCUCUCAAGGAAAUAAGUGAAUAUAUGGAAAAUUACUAAAGUACACACAGCUUUUCUUUUUGUGGGUCACACAUCUUGGAAAGAGAACAUUGAAGACAGAGUAAAAAUUCAUUAUUGGAAUUAAAUGUUUUAAAUUGUUGUCUAAAGAAGACCAUGGCCGAUUUGCAUAACGCAGGUUUAUUUUUUUUUUAUUAGGAGUGGAUUUAUAAAUCUUGACAAACCGGCCAAUCCUUCAUCUCACGAGGUAUGAUUAAAUUUUCCCCUGAUCUUGGUUUGGUAUUUUAAGAGAAUUUAAUAUUUCAGUGAUUUUGUUAUCUGCAUCCUGCGUCCCUAAUGCAUCAAAAUUCCAAAAGACGCAAAAUAAUUCAUGGUAUGCGUCCCGUAGGAUGUAAAGAUCGAUCGAUCAAUCUGAGCAUGUGUAUUUGAAGAAAUGUCCCGUUCGUGUAAUUUCUGUGGCAGUUAUUAUGGCUGUUGUUUAACAAUGCAUGUUUCUUUUAGCCUUUGUUGUGCUUUAAAAAAGAAGGACUACACCAUGUAUAUUUUAAUUUUAGUAUACUGUAAUACAGAGCUUUCUGUCUUCAGAUUAACUGUCUGGUUACAUAAACGCCCAUAUGCAAGCGUUAUUAAUUUCGGACUUGGUUUUAUUUUUACUGGGACUCAUUGGUUCUGGGCUGGGAGCAGUCAUGACUUUUCACAAGAUGAGUCCCAGGACUCACCAUAACUAUUUGUAACAAAAUCACUGGCAGGUUGUGGCAUGGAUCAGAAGGAUUCUUCGAGUGGAGAAAACUGGACACAGUGGAACUCUUGAUCCCAAGGUGACAGGCUGUCUGAUUGUCUGCAUUGAGAGGGCAACAAGACUUGUUAAAUCUCAACAGGGUGCAGGUAUACAAUAAUGAUCACAUUACUUUUCUUUCUCUUUGACAUGCAUCUACAUAUAUGCAGUUAUGUAUGUUUGACCCAUUGGGUGAUUCCAGAAAAUAUCCAUACCCUACCACGGGUGGCAUGAGUAUUUUAACCCCCCCUUGCCCUCGGAAAUUCCAAAAUGCUUAUCCCCCCCUUGCCCUCCGAAUUCCAAAAUCACUAACCCCCCCUCUCCUCCGGAAUUUUCCACUUUUGUUUCAGACCCUUUGGAAUUCCUGUUCGUCUGCCUAAAUCUUCAAACGAACGAGAAACUUGCACUUUUUCCCUCUGCAAAAGAAUUCGGUUCAUAAACAGUUUUGAAUUAAACAGCGCAUCAAAAGGCACGCUGUCGGAUUUUACUACCUACAUGUUGGCGUGAAAAUCGGCGUGAAAUACAAAAUCUGUCAGGCGUUCUUUUUGGAAACGAGAGACUGGUGCGAGUUUUCAGCACGCAACAACACAUCGUCGAUCGACAAUCGGCGAGAAACACCGACUUGGUUAUAUUUUUAUUAAUCAGUUGACUAAUUCAUCAACUUUAAGGCCUCUUCGAUGUGGAGCUUGCUGCACAAACCAUCUGCUUACCCAUCUGCAUGAACGCAUACUUCUUCCGUGGUCGGUUCGUGCUUCAUUUACAAACUGGGAAUGUUAACAGGUCAGCGAUUUCAAGCGGAGCUUUCGCCGUCUUUCCCCUGGAAAUUCACUGAAUUCAGAGCUGAAACACCCCCAUGCCUUUGGAAUUCCAAACUGCAUUACCCCCCCCCCCCCACGUCUUCGGAAUUCCAGUCCAAGAAACCCCCCCUCUCCCUCGGAAUUCCAAGAUGCCGCCCGUGGUAUGGUAUGGAUAUUUUCUGGAAUCACCCAUUUCACUCCUAGAAAUUUUGCCAGAAAACACCAUUUGUGCCAAAUUAACCCCUUUUCUGGUCACUAUUUACCAGAAAAAAACAAAACAGCCUAAAAUAUUAUUCUUAAGUUGAGUUCUUUGCUGCAGUUUCUUCCUGAUGCUAAAUUACAGCUUCUGAUGUUUGGAUGUGUGGAGAUUGCAAAAAUUUGAGAUAACACUGGAACGGACUUGCAUUUUUUUUUUCAGUUCAGAGAAAGUGCAUGAAUAGAGGUUUUGUACUUUAUAUAGCACAUAUACACUGCACUGUCAACUGUAGUGAUGUUUCCCUUCUUGUUUUGUGAUUUUAGGCAAAGAGUAUGUUUGUAUUGUCAGGCUCCAUGAAGCCAUUGAUAAAGUGGCAGAUUUGUCAAAGGUUAGUACACACAGCAUGCAUUGAAACUUGUACAUGUAUGUAAAAGUAUGAUAAAUUUUUAAGGAGGGUGUGAAGUACAUGUGAAAGGAUUGUAAUCAAAGAUAACACAUGUUGCUCAUGAAACUGCUGGUACAAUUGUACAUUGUUAUUUUUGUAUUGCAUUGUAUUCUAAACUAGUUUCUUGAUUUGUCUCUUAUUUGAGGCUUAGUGUGAACUUUCUAAUUCUUUCUUUCAGACAAUAGAAAUGCUUACCGGAGCCUUAUUCCAAAGGCCACCACUUAUCUCUGCUGUGAAAAGACAACUCAGGAUAAGAACAAUUUAUGAAAGCAAGCUUAUUGACUACGAUGAUGAGCGACAUCUUGGUAAGAAUAUACCUUCCAGUUUCUUCAGAGUCUGCAAAUGCCUGAGAUUUUCAUCUUGUCAUGACCAGAAUUUUUUUCAAAAAUGUCCCAGUGACUUCCAAAGUAAUGUUUCCAAUGAUUUUCCAAAGACCUCCGAACUGUGUUGAAAAUUUCCAAAGUUUUUUUCCGACAACCUUUGAGCACUUCCAAAGUUAUUAAAAGGUAAUAAUUUUAGUGUGUUUUGAUACAGUUAAGACACAAGUCAACAUGAUAGGUUUUUGGAAAUAUUUUUGGGGAAACUGAAUUGAAUUUUCAUCAUGUGUUAAAAGACAGUUUGUCCAGAUUUGCAAGUCUAGUCCACAGGCGUGAGACUCACCCAUACAGCUGUAAUGCAUGAGAGUUGGCAGUAAUUUGAGUACCUACUUCAGAAGAAGAAGUACAGUUACAGACUUGCAAAUAAUUUCUUUUCAUAAAGGACACAUAUGUGACCAGGUCACUGUUUUUGUCAGACAGUUAAUCGGGCCCCUCCCUUAUCUGACAAUCUGGAUCCACUACUGCUAAGUAGGUGUUUCCUUAUUAUUGUAGGUGUGUUUUGGGUUAGUUGUGAGGCAGGAACUUAUAUCAGAACCCUCUGUGUACACAUUGGCUUGUUAAUGGGGAUCGGCGCACACAUGCAGGAACUCAGGAGAGUGCGCUCUGGAAUUCAGUCUGAGAAUGUAAGUCAACCAACCACCCAAGUGUGCUAAAAUUAGAAAUAGAUAUUAAGUACAACUAAGAAAAUAAGAAUAUAAUGUUCAGGAAAAAAAUUUGAGCCCCAGCAGGAAUCGAACCCACGACCUUCCAAAUACAGGUAGGACGCACUAACCACUGAGCUAUGGGCAACUCAUAUGGUGAGCAGGUUGCAGGUCAGGACUUCGCAUCUCACGAGUAUGCUGGACUAAAGCAAAGCAAUACACUGACUUACAGUACUUGUAUCCCGCAUCCACCUUCAAAGUGUUGUGUCCACUUUGAAGCCACUUUGGUGCCCUGUACAUGUACAUGUAUAUCUUACAUAUUUUGUAAUACCACAUGAGCUUUUAUACAAAAACAUGACAUCUUAAUGUGUGAAAGUAACAUUUAUGUACACAUAGCUGCUGGUACUGCCUGCAACACUGUUCUGAUAUGAGAACAGAAGUCGUCGCCAACAGAGGACAUGUCAGUCUUUACUGCUGGCAUGUCUGGGAAGUUGACUCAAGUUCAACUUUGCAGGCAUGCCAGCGGUAAAGACCUGUGAUGUUUCUUUUUGCCGGCGGCAUUAUGUCCUCAUAUGUCAGAGUAGUAUCACAGGCAGUAUCGGCAGCUAUGUCGCAGGUACUUCGGCGGCAUACAUGUAUGAGAACCAGGCUUAACGCAUCUUAUUUUCUUUUUUAGGAUAAUAUGGCCACCAUGCAUGAUAUUCUUGAUGCUCAGUGGAUGUAUGAUAAUUACAAAGAUGGUAAUGAAAAGUUACUUAAAUUAUUAUUGUUAUUAUUAUUAUUAAUUACAUGACAUUAUGUAUAGUAAAUUACUUGGGGAGCAAGGGCAGUGCAGUAGUGAAAGCACUCCUCUUGACCCACCAAUUUAGCUCUGGUUUGAAUUUCGAAGGCAACCCCAUUUGUGGAUUGAGUUUGCUAUUGGUUCCCGUCCUUGCUCCAUUAAUUUUUUUGCUGUUCACCUUGAUUUUUCUCUUUCCCGUAAACCAAUGCUUCCAAAUUCUCUACGAUCAGGUUAGUGGAUGAAGAAUCACUUGUGGAUGUGUUAUGUUUAUUUACUUCUUUUGUUUUAAAUAUGAAACACUAUGGUUAUUUUUUUCAAAACCUUUUAUUUUUUAAUAGUAUUUAAAUACAUGUCAGAAUGACCAAUACAUUUGUAACAUUUUUUUUAUUUAGAAUCCUACCUCCGCCGCUGUAUCAAACCACUAGAAGCCUUGCUGACCUCUCACAAGCGUUUGGUUGUAAAAGAUAGUGCUGUAAGCGAGAAGUUGUUUUCUGAUCAUUAAUUAUCAGCUGUACAUUUUUCUGUUAAGUUGUGUUGCUAGCUUUAAGAAGACAAAGCAUAAAGUGAUGCCUCUGCUCACUGAAACGACCAAAGGCUAUGCAGAUAAUAUGUUAAGGUUCACUUACUCUGAAUUCCAGGCCAUACUGCUGGCUGGUCCCAGAUUUGAUUUUAAAUAUUUUAUUGUGAUUAAGCAGUGUUUAUCUUCCAUGUUUAAUUUUUGUGUUUUAGGUGAAUGCUAUUUGUUAUGGGGCUAAGCUUACGCUCCCCGGUCUCCUGAGAUACGAGUCUGGGAUAGAAAUGAAUGAAGAGAUAGUUAUUAUGACAACCAAAGGAGAAGCUAUUGCUCUUGGUGAGUGCAGGGUUUUCAUUAAGAAUUCUAGUAGCAGGAGAAAGGUUUAUAUUCUGAAAGAGGCUCCACGUCUGAAUAAAAAAACAAUGGUCACAGGCCACCCGAACGUUAGCAGGAGAAAUCUGCAUAGCAAAUGGCGAAUUCUCCUAUCUUGAAUGUCUAAUCAACACCCUAUGAGUGUCAGUCAGUUACUAUUCAAAGUGCUUAAUAAGUCGUGGGCCGGUAGCCAACAAUUAAAUCGUACAGUCAGUGAAGCAGUUAGUUGUACACCGUACAUUAGCAUUAUUAAUCACUGAGUCAGUAAUUCAGCAUUAAUAAAUCAUUUUGGUCAGCAACUAGGUAUUGGCCAGUCAAUCAGUUAUUUGUUAGCGGCAUUUUUAACAAAAUUAAUUAGACAGCCAUGACACGUUCUGUUAAACAGAAUAAUAAUCAUGAUAAUGAUAAUAAUAAUAAUAAUAAUAAUAAUUGAAUAUUUAUCCAACAGGGUCCUGCUUACUAUUAACUAUUAAUGACUAAUAAAAUUAAUAAGAAUAACAAAUAUAUAAGAGCAGAUAUACACUAAGUUAAUAAUCAUUUAAAGCUACAAUUAAAUUGCAAUAUAAUAGUCGCUCAAGGCUUUCCUAAAUAAAACUCUAGAUUUAAUGUUUCUUAAACUUAAAAGCAAUGAAUAAAAUAUCAAGAGACCGAAAAAAUAAAAACUAUGGUGUGUAAAAUCCAGUUUGAACUUGGGCAGUUCUGCUGUUUUCCCAUUGUUUAUAGUGUUUAAAGCAUUAUGAUAUAAUCAUUGAAAAUAAUUCUUAAAUGGAAAACAUGCAGUUCCAUUUUGACUUGGAAGGCAAUGAAAUAUAAUCAGCUCACUUCUGAUGUCAGUAUUUUAUUCCAUGUGUUUUAAAGUCAAGUUAGUACAAAAGUGUUUCUAACAAUGCAUUCUUGAUUGUUAGGCAUUGCUCUUAUGACAACAGCGGUCAUGGCGGCAUGUGACCAUGGUGUUGUAGCAAAGAUCAAGAGAGUGAUUAUGGAAAGGGAUACAUACCCCAGAAAAUGGGGCCUAGGACCCAAGGUAUGAAGGCACAAUUUGAAUAAUAUUGUUCUGAUGCAAUAUUUUAUAAUCAAAUAUAAAAAUCAGAGACAAUAAGGCAGAGCUGAGAUUUCCUAGACUUAGGGAAUGAAAAUAACACCCUUAUUUAGGCACCAAUGUCAGUGCUCAAAAAAAACUGGAAUUCCAGCACGUCCUUUGGGCAAGCAGCUCUGUCAUUUUGCUUGCCUUUGGUAACUUGACUUCCUUGUCUUUGGUAAUGAUUUAGUUGGAGCAUGACCUGCCUGGACCCUUCCUUUGGGCAAGUGAGCUUUAACACUUUCACUGCCAAAUUUAGCCAAAAGCAAAUUUCGACCAAAUUUCCAAAUUUUAUUUUGUAAAAUUUUAAAGAACUAAUGGCUCCAUGUAAAAGUGCAGGCAGAGAGCUUUCAUUUGAAUGGUCACAUCAUAGGAUUUCAUCCACAGACUCAAAAGUUAGAGUCACCUUACAAAACUCCAUCAAACACCCUGGCAGUGAAAGGGUUGAAAGUUACUUGUCCAACAAGAAAAUCUACUCAUCCCGGACGACUGGACGGGACUUUUUUUGAGCCGUGAAUGUGUCUUAAUUCCUCACCUUGGUGAUCAAAUCCUGAAAGUUACCCGCAGUUGACAAAUUGGUGACCAGAGUUUGUUGCUGUACCCUACUUGAAGAUGUUAUGAACUGUUCCAGAUAUGUAAAAAUAACAUCUGUGGCAGUGUUUGGCAUCCAAAAUCUUUCGUUGUGGCCGAAACCCAGCAUUCUUUACAAAGGUAGAUACAUUGUAUAUCCUGUCCUAUAGUGUCCCUUUUUAGUAGUUUAACUUUGAAAGAGGUUCGGUGUUGGUAACCAUGCGAUUUUGUUUGGUUUUUAUUUCUUAGGCUCUGCAAAAGAAGCAGUUGAUCGCCUCUGGUAAACUGGAUAAACGUGGUCGACCAAAUGAGAACACACCCAAGGAAUGGAUUGAAAGCCAUCCUGAUCUCAGGUUAGCGCUUACUUAACAAGUUGACAGCAACUUUCUAUGAUCUGUUUAACAAAAUUAAUAGAUUCCAUGUAGCCGUCUGUGAUCUAUUACUGAACAGGCCCACUUCAACAUGAAAUCUAUUUGUUUUAUACAAAUACCUGCCUCAUACACUAAGGCAACUGUUGUGAAGAUUUCUCUCAGUUUGGGCAUUCUCAAGUUGUCAAGAACUCUUUUUGUCUAUAUUUGUCCAUUUUUAAUCUUUGUAAAUAGCUCCUUUUAAACUUUUUUCGAGGCUUUCACGUAAUCUCAAACAUUUUCAAAACCACGCGCCAUGUUGAACAAAACAAAGAAAACAAGUUUCCCGUAACAUCAUCCAUGUAUUUGUGCAGUGGAACCUCGAAAACGAAGGGCCAAGGGACUUUUAAAAUAUGUUCGCUGUAAGGAGGUUUUGUUAUAUCGAGGUUCUUUUCCAUAUAUUUUACUGUUCCUGUGGUAAAAAGAUUGUGACCUGUAUUUUAGACCUACCAGAAAAAAAUCUUAGGUUCAGGUUUUGUGCAUUGCUUUGUUUUAGUUGUCUUUUGUUGUUGCGACAGAAUACCACUUUAAGUCUUUUGUGACUGUAAGUGAUCAAUCCAAUUCUUUCCAUCUGUAGUACGCAGAAAUCCCCAGUAUCGUCACAAGAACUUUCAACACCGAAAGAAUCUGGUGAGGCUGUGCAGGUGAAACAAGAACCAGUUCCUGGUGCACCUGUGACACCUCAAGAAGUAGAAGAAAGAAAAAAGGUACGUUGCUGUAAACACAGGGUGUGGAAGUGGAGAUAUUGUUCCGCUUCCCGAGUAGUAGUCAAAUCCCGUAUCCCGCUGAACCAUUUUGCGUUUUCCUGAACCCUGUACUGUAUUUCGGUCCAAUCCCGAAUCCCGAGAAUGCCCUUCCAGACCCUGUAAAUUAAUCGAGUCAUUAUGGCUCGUUUCUUCUCCGCAAUUGGGGAACAGGGCGGAAAUCGUCUUUCCUCCCACUUUAAACAUGUUUCUGUUAUCCGUGAUAGUAUCACAGUGAGGGGCGAUUGGCCCCAUGCCAAACCCCCAACUUGGAAUGACAGCCCAGAGGCUGUUUUUAGAUUAGUCUCUCACCCUUGACUAUUCCGGCUUGGUUAGACCUACCAGGAGUAAAAAUCCGCCGGCACAGCUCUUGGGCUGGUUAAGGUCCUCUAGCUUCACCGCCACGAGAUGGCGAUGAGCAUAGGGUGAAAAAAUACAAUAAUAAGUCUCUCGGGAUCAUCAAGGCUCACAAUCUUCGCCACCAUAAAAAAACGCAGAACAACAUCUGUUCAUGUGGCCGUGGUUGUCAUUUAAAUCUGAGCAUCGGUCUUUUGUAUUCCGUAGAAGAAAUACAGAUGAGCAUCACGGCGGCUACAAUUUGCUCCAAAAUACAGACAACUGCCACACGAUACGAACGGAGGGUGGGACAAACCUAGGGUACAGCCUGUAAAUAGACGGUGGCUGAUAUAAUUAGCCUUCGCACAGACAAAAUCGCGGCUGUGCACCCUGUUUCCGCGUUAUUUUUCUUAGGGUACAUUUAUUUGUCUGUCUCACAUACCGAGAUAUUAACCAUAGUAUUGACUUUGUCUACGCGGAAGUUGCCGUGUGCAUUGCGUCUUGUCCCCGAAAAAAUUUCUCAACCACUGUACUGUGAGGCUCGUAAGCCCAACCCAAGCAUAUCGGCAGCUAUCAUGACGAUUCUUUUCUGCCUGCAUGCUCAUUGAUGAUUUGUCCUCGAACAGAGAAAACGAGACGCGAAGGGAAGCGAUGAAGAUAAGGAUACGCCGAGCAAACAUGAUAAAAAGAAAUCCAAAAAAGACAAAAAGAAGGCCAAAGAAAAAGAGAAAGAAAGCUCUGACGAAGUAAGUAAUAGUAUUUAUAUGACUUUUCUUUGA